CAUGUCAAAAACCACUAUCCACCAACGGUAGAAUAGUAUCUGCAUUUUCUCACGUUUCUCGAGCACAGCGCCAAGAGUAGUCCAACGCAACAGCGACAGCAACCAUGGCCUCAGUUCUUUCCUAUCAUAUCAUAGUGUUGGUAAUUGCAGUCACUUUUUCGAUGCAAGAUUCUGCUGCCUUCGUCAGCCCUGGAUCAAAGACAAUAAUAAAGAACAAUCCGCUUGUAGUAGUGCACGCGAGCGAUUGGUCUGAUUUCGGUGUUCUAGACGACGAUGAUGACGAUAUCCUGGUCGACCGCCGAGAGUAUGCCAAAGAGGAAGACGACCAAGAAGUGAAAGCCCAGGUCGGUGCCAGCCUCGACCCCCCCUCGAUCGACGACGAAAGCGCACUCUACGAUCCUCUUUUUGUUCCCGCCGGAUCCCAGCUCGAGCUCGAUGAGGAGACGGUUUUGAGACUCAUGCAGGCGUGUCGGCAGGAAAUUGGGACCCUCUUUGGAUACACGGCCGAAAACAGAGGCGUGGGCAUCACGGGUGGUGUCGACUACGUGGAACUCGAUGGACCCGUUGUGGUGCUCCGGUUGAAGGGUCGCUUCUGGCACGAGCGAACAACUGUGUUGUCCCGUGUCGCAAACUAUUUGCAGCAACGGAUUCCUGAAAUCAUCGAUGUGACAGUAGAAGACGAAUGGCAGCUGUCGCAAGAAGCGAAUGAAGCAUUCUAAUGAAACCGAUACCUAUUGUCAAUAACUGGAUCCACAAUUCCUUGAGAAACCUGAAUCCAUCGGAUUUUUUAUACUCUAAAAAUACUUUCUUUGUGUUCAGUCUGCCUGAAAAGGAAAUUCAGUAGAAAGUCUAGAAAAAAUUGAGAAUGGAUGUCUGUGAUCGCUAUGUCGUUGUUUGUACGCCUUCUCAGCCUUAAGAUUCAAGGGAUAUCAUUUGGUAUCUUCUUUUCAAUAUCAUUCAGACUCUGGUGGGUUGUCACUAAACUCUAGAUCUUAUUCAAAAAUCAAGGUAUUGUUAAGCUUUACAGACGUAAAAAUAUGUCCUACUUUAAGACGAGCUGUGCCUUGCGCAGUAAUAGGCCGGUCGUUGAUAUCUUUGAUUACCUGUGAAGAUCACCAACUUACUGUGCAACACUAGAGAAUGCUAGGAUGCAUGAUUGCAGCCAAACAAAGGUCUCAGUGAUCAUUAAAAAAGCGCAAUCCUUUCCCAAUCUAUAUUCUAAUAAUCUAUUUGGCGUGUUCCUUAGUGUACUUCUUGGCAGUCUUUUCGAAAUCCUUUGGUUUCUCUCGCAGCUGUUGUGCAAUGGUCUCUUCGAGAGGGUGAUCCGCCUCGGGCGACUGCAUCAUGCUGUAAAUGACCGCGAGGCAGUGCCUAGCGUUGAGUGUUGGCCCCCAUGGCCCCAUUACGUCGGCACAAACGUCUCCAGCAUCCAGUGUGACCGAUGGGUGGUAAAUCUUGGUCAGGAACGUCAAAGUGGGGGCUUUGAAGGGAUACUGCUCUGGAAACGAGAUGCGAAGAACAAAUUUCCCGCCAGCAUACGGAGAAUCGGCCGGCCCCUUGAUGGUGCAGUCCCAGACGAACAUAUCUUCAUUCGCCAGGCUAAUCUCCUCGAUGUAUUCAAGAGGUUUCUUCUCCAGCAUUGCGCGUUCCUUUCGUUAUGGUUGUCACGUAAUUAAUUUUUCCGUCAUUCGGAUGUCGGAGGCAAUGGCGAAAGGAACGGAAAGGAAAGGAGAGGAAACAUGAGUAAAGGAAUGCAACGAAGGGCAAGAGACAAGGGUUCGCAACUGGUAGAUGCUCGAAUGGCAGGUGAUAUGCAGGUCGUAGAACACAGUUAUGUUUUGACAACGCGGUUCUGUACAAAAUAAGACGAAAGCCAUCACCAUCCAAGAAACAAAUCAUUCGGAACGUCUAUAAUUUGCGAUAUUGGUGCCACGACGAAGAAAAGAGACCAUGAUCGAAUGGAUGGAACGGCACGGCAUUUGAAAUCGUUGUUCGUUAUUUCUUACCUUUAAUAAUCGUUUCGACAUGGUUCGGCAAAGAUAAAAAUACUGUUGCGUACGGGUGGCUUAUUAUGAACGAUGUUGU